AUGCCUGGAGUGCCAAGGGAGUAUCUGGGGCUCAUGAGAGAUGCCAUCAAGGACUCAAGCAAUUCGCCAUCGGGCCAAAGACCGUUAAAGCGCAGAAGAAGAAAUAGACAGAACAUUCCUGGUCAAAUGGGUAAUGAUGAUGUAAAUGGAAACUCAGAAUCACAAGGAAGCUCAUUAUCUGAACCGAUCACCAUAGACGAUUCAACACCAGAGGUUAAAGAAGAGGGUCAGAGUCAGGUAACACCGAAAGCCAGUAGCAAUGCUAGUCCCAACCCUCAAUCAUUUAUAGAUCUAUCAGAUAUAGACAAAACACCUGAAGUUGCUAAAAUUAUCACAUUAGAAGAAUCACAGGAGAGAGAUACACCUGAUUCCAACUUGGAAAUAACGGUUGAUGAUGAUGGUGAUAAUGACGAUGACGACGAUGAGGAUGAUGAUGAUGAGGAUGAUUUUGAUGACUUUGAAGAUGUUGAUCUCGAGAAUGUUAAACCAAGGGCAAGUUCAAACAUCACAGGAGAUAUCAACAUCAAUGUUAAUCAUAAAAAGGAUGAGCUUCAAGGUAAAAAGAAGAAGAAGGGGAAAUCAAAGAAUGUUAUCAGUAGAGAAGAAAGAUUAUUUAGGAAAGAUUAUCAUCGCAAUCAUAUCGCAAUCAUGGCAAUACAUGGAUUUAUAAGGAAUAAAUGGUGUAAUAACAGUACAAUUCAUGCUUAUAUCACAAAAUUAAUAACCUCCAAAAUAUAUGAUGAAUUACAUCCUUCAAAAGAAAUUGAAAUGCCUCAAAUAAGGACAAGAAGAUUUUUAGACGGUCUACGGCAUCUAUUAGAUAAAUGGUCUAAAUAUUAUAAAGUUACAUCAAAUAAAGGUAUAAUAAAACAUGACUGGUAUGACUGGUAUGGUUAUGAUAAAAGUAAAACACCAUUUGAAAGAUUUGCUAAAUGCAUUGCUAAAGGAAGAGGCAGUAGAGAUAUAGGUGCCCAAGGGUUUGUUGCUUUACUAAGAGCUGCUGGUGUUCCAUCACGUUUAGUAUUUUCAUUACAACCACCAGAUGUUACAUGUAUGGCAAUUAAGACCAAACCUGAAUUUGGAAACAAUGAACAAACCACAUCAAAAGCACCUAAGAGUGCAACUGAAAAAUUAUUGGAGUUGAGAAAGGGGAAAAUAAGUGAAUCUGUUGACAAACCUGUUAAAAAUAUAGAUAUAGAAUUGGAUUAUCCUAUAUUUUGGGCAGAAGCUUGGGAUUCAGCAUCUAAAAUAUGGAUAACUAUUGAUCCUGUAAUUUUCAAAAUUAUUGAAAAUAUCAAAUAUAGAAGUAAACUUGAACCACCAUUUAGUUAUCCUCAUAAUAAUCUUACUUAUGUUAUUGGUUAUGAUAGAAAAGGUGGAGUCAGAGAUAUUACUAAACGUUAUGCAGAGAAAUAUUAUGCUAAAACUAGAAAGAAACGUAUAACUAAAGAUGAAAAGGAAGAGAUUUGGUAUGAAGAUUUUCUGCAGACAUUAUCUACAAGAAGUGCUAAUAGAGCUGAUGAAUAUGAAGAUGAAUAUUUCAAUAAAAAGGCAAUAAGUGAAGGUAUGCCUGAUAAUAUUCAAGAUUUCAAAAAUCAUCCUUUUUAUGUAUUAGAGGGACAUUUAAGAUCAAAUGAAAUUUUACAUCCAAAGGAACACUGUGGUAUGAUUAGAACAAAGGGUAAAAAUUCAUCAUUAAAAGUUUAUAAAAGAGAAAAUGUUCAAACUUUAAGAACUCCAAGAGCUUGGUAUCAAAAAGGUCGAGUUUUGAAAACAGGUGAAAGACCAAUGAUGGUUAAACAGAAAACUGCUUUACAAAUGAAAGAUGAUGAUGAUGAUCCAGAGGAAAGAUUAUAUGCAAUUUUCCAAACAAGUAUAUAUAUUCCACCUCCAGUUCAAAAUGGUGAAAUUACUAAGAAUGCUUAUGGUAAUAUUGAUGUUUAUGUUGAUUCAAUGAUCCCUGAAGGUGGUGUAUUAAUUCAAAAACCAUUUGCAACAGAUGCUGCUAAAAUGGUUGGUAUUGAUUUUGCUCCUGCUGUUGUAGGUUUCAAAUUUGAAAGAAGAGGUGCAACACCAAAAAUUGAUGGGAUUCUCGUUGCAGAAGAAUUUAAAGAAGCUGUUGAAGUUGUUAGUGAACAACUCAAAGUUGAAGCUGUGGAGAAACAAAGAAUUGAUUUAGAAAUUAGAGCUUUGAAAGGUUGGGGUUUAUUAUUGGCUAAAUUAAGAAUUAAACAUAGAUUAAAUACUCAACAUGGUAAAAUUGAUGAAGAUGAAGAUGUGAAUGGAAAUAGUGAAGAUGAAUUCGCCAGAUUAGAGAAAGAAUAUGAAAAUUAUUUGGAAAAUGAUAGUAGUGAUGAUGAUGAUGAUGGAAAUGGAAGUGAAGAAGGAGAAGAACAAAAAAAUCAUUAUGAACCUGGUGGAUUUAUUGUGGAAGCUGGUCAAGGUGGAUUUGAAGCACCAGGUGGAUUCAUUCCUGAUGAAGGUGGUUUUGAUAAAGGUGAUGAAUAUGAAGAAUCUCAUGGAGGUGGAGGUUUCAUACAAGAUGAAGAUGAAGGAUAUAACUCAUAUGAUGAACAAAGAAACGUUUCUAAUAGAAGUCACAGUGAAGUGCAAGAUUCAGAUGGUGGAUUUUUGAUUGAUGAUGACGAUCCAACUAACUCCAAAUCUAAAUUUGAUGAAGAUGAUGAUGAACCUUAUUAUGGAGAAGGUGGAUUUAUUGUCGAGAAUGAACAACCUGAAAAUGAAGAACACAAAGAGGUUACUAAUGAAGAACCAAGUAAUCAAGUUGUUGAAAAUGAUGAAAAUGAUGAAGAUAUAGAUGAAUUUGAAGCUUUCUUCGAUCAAUUACAAAAUGGUGAAGAGGAUGAUGAUCAUGAAAGUGAUGAAAAUGAAAAACCUGAUGAAGAAAAUGAACAAGUUUUUGGAAAUGAAAAAGAUGAUAAUGAAAAAGAUGAAAUCUAUAAUGUCAAAGAAUCAGAAAACGGUAAUCAAAACGAACCUUUGCAGGAAUCAGUUAAUGAACCAGCUGAAAAUUUUGCUGAUGGAUUAAUAAUUGAAGAAUCCAAUACACCAAUCCAGGAUGCAAAGAAUGAUGUACUUGAAAAUAAUGCUACUAAACCUGAAAAAUUUUCAUAUGAACCUAAUAUUAUAAAUGACUCAAUCAUACAAGAGUCAUCAGAACAAUCAAUACCUGAUCCAAUACCAGAAGAAGAAGAAUUUGAAAAUGAAUUAGACAAGGAAUUUAAUGAACAAUUAAGAAAAGAACAAGAAUUAUCAAAAUUGAAAACUUCACAAGAAUCAAAUAGCUCAAAGAAUAUUGAUGAAGAUAAUGUUGAAGACUUUGAAUUUGAUUACGAUUCUGACUAA